CAAAGAAUUUGCAGGACAAGUGAAAAUGACCAGGAGAAGGACAUACUGGAUCCCUGAAUACUCUGGUGGCCUUGUGAAUCUUGGCAUGGACAUUGGCGAUGACAUGGUUUCAGGAGUUAGCUAUAAAACUUACACUGUCAAGGAUGGCCCCUGGAGCAAACAGGAGAGGAAGCCUGAGGAGCUGGGGAGAGCAGACAUCCACCCUUGGGGGAAGUACAAUGCUGCCUGGAGAACCAUGAUUCCCAUCCGCCCCAAGCCAAAGUUUCCUGCUUCUCAGCCCAUGGAUGAUGCUGGCCUGUUCUCCUACCUCAUGUUGUCCUGGCUCACCCCACUCAUGAUCCGAGGCUUCCAGAAUCACUUAAAUGAGAAUACCAUCCCCCCGUUGUCAGUACAUGAUGCCUCAGCCAAAAAUGCCAAAAGGUUUCGCCUCCUUUGGGAAGAAGAAGUCUCAAAGCAUGGGCCUGAGAAAGCUUCAGUGGUUCGAGUGAUGCUGAAAUUCCAAAGAACAAGGAUUAUUUUUGAUACGUUUAUGGCCUGUUUCUUCAGUAUUAUAAGUGUACUAGGGCCAGCACUGGUUAUACCAAGGAUUCUGGAAUAUUCUGAAGAUCCGUCAGGGAGUGUCAUCCAUGGCGUUGGACUGUGCUUAGCCCUUUUUUCCACUGAGUGUUUGAGGUCUGUGAGUCUGUGCUCAUGCUGGGUCAUCAACCAACGCACAGGCACGAGGUUUUGCACGGCCCUUUCCUUGUUUGCCUUUGAAAAGCUGAUGCAGUUUAAGUCUCUGACACACAUCUCCACGGGAGAGGCCAUUGCCUUCUUCACCAGUGAUGUAAGCUACCUGUUUGAAGGGGCAUACUAUGGCCCCUUGAUCUUCCUCACCUGUUCAUCGACGAUUGCCUGUGGCGUGGCCUCUUACUGCAUUCUGGGACCGACUGCACUCAUUGCCAUUUUUUGCUAUGCCCUGCUUCUCCCAAUGGAGGCAAUCCUGUCCAGAGUGAUUGUGAAGAUACAGGAACGCGUAUCUAUGGUCAGUGACCGGCGCAUCCGUGUGACCAGUGAAGUUCUCACGUGCAUCAAGCUGAUUAAAAUGUACACCUGGGAGAAACCAUUCACAGCAAUAAUUAAAGACCUAAGAAAGAGGGAAAGGAAAUUACUAGAAAAGAGUGGGUUUGGCCAUAGCCUGACCACUGUUGCCUUCUUGCUAACCCCAACAUUGGCCGCAACUACCCUGUUCCUCAUCCACACAUUCUUAAAAUUAAAACUCACAGCUACAACAGCCUUCACCACGGUGGCCAUCUUGAAUCCCCUGCGCAUGUCAGUGUUCUUUGUGCCCUUUGCAAUCAAAGCCGUCACGAACUCUAAGACUGCAGCAAAGAGGCUCAAGAAAUUUUUCCUCCAGGAGAGCCCUGUCUUAUAUGUCCAGGCAUUAAAAGACCCCAGCAAGGCGCUGGCUUUGGAGGGGGCUACCUUGUCAUGGCAACAGACCUGGCCUGGGGUUGACAACAGAGCGCUGGAGCUGGAGAAGAAUGGACACACUGCCAAGGGCAGGGCUCAGCCCCCUUUAGGUGUCAUCAGGCCAAAGGACCAAGGCGUCAGUCUGGGCCCAGAGUUGCGCAAGAUCAAUCUGGUGGUACCAAAGGGGACUGUGUUAGGGGUCCUUGGCAGCACGGGCAGUGGCAAGAGCAGCCUGCUGUCGGCUAUCUUGGGAGAGAUGCACUUGCUGGAGGGCUCGGUGGCGGUGCACGGAAGCCUGGCCUAUGUCCCCCAGCAGGCCUGGAUCAUCGCAGGCAGUGUCAAGGACAACAUCCUCAUGGGAGGCCAGUAUGACAAUGCCCGGUACCUCCAGGUGCUCCAUUGCUGCUCUCUGAAACAGGACCUGGAAAUUCUGCCCUUUGGAGACAUGACAGAGAUUGGGGAGCGGGGCCUCAACCUCUCCGGGGGACAGAAGCAGAGGGUCAGCCUGGCCCGCGCCGUCUACUCGGACCGCGAGCUCUACCUGCUGGACGACCCCCUGUCAGCCGUGGACGCCCACGUGGGGAAGCAUAUCUUUGAGGAGUGCAUUAAGAAGGUGCUCCGGGGGAAGACCAUCGUCCUGGUGACCCACCAGCUGCAGUAUUUGGAGUUUUGUGACCAGAUCAUUUUUCUAGAAGAUGGGGAAAUCUGUGAGAAUGGAACUCACAAUGAGUUAAUGCAGAGAAAGGGACAAUAUGCCCAACUCAUCCAGAAGGUAACGGGAAAGCCACACAGGAGAUUUCCAUUUCCUCACCUCUCACUCUCCAUCCCUACUUCAUGGCAUGUGCUUUUUCCCCAGAAUGUGUUAAAGGACGAAGCAAAGACAGCAGAGAAGCCCAAAGUGGACACCUCCCAGGAAGAGCCUGUUGAUGAAAAUGCUGUGCUGGAGAAUCAGCUCACAAAGAAGGAGGAGAUGAAAGAGGGUUCCCUGAGAUGGAGAGUCUACCACCACUACAUCCAGGCAGCCGGAGGUUACAUUGUUGCCACCAUCGUUCUCCUGCUCAUGGGGACAAUCACCUCCCUCAUGACCUUCAACUUCUGGUGGCUGAGCUACUGGUUGCAGCAGGGCUUUGGGACAAAUAGCAGCCAAGAGAUCAACAGGACCAACGCAGACCCGGGUGACAUACUGGACAAUCCACAGCAGCAUUUCUACCUGCUGGUGUAUGGGCUCAGUGCCCUGCUCCUGAUCUGUUUGGGGAUUUGUUCCUCGUGGGCUUUCACCAAGGUCACCAGGAAGGCAACCACAGUCUUACACAACAAGCUCUUUGACAAGGUUUCUCACUGCCCCAUGAGUUUUUUUGACACGACUCCGAUGGGCCGGCUUUUGAACUGCUUUGCGGGGAACUUGGGUGAGCUGGACCAGAUGUUGCCCAUAAUGUCUGAAGAGUUCCUGCUCCUGUUUUUGUCCGUGAUCACCAUCCUGGUGGUUGUCAGCAUGCUGUCCCCCUUUGUUCUGGCGAUAGGAGCCAUGGUGGGCAUUGUCUGCCUCACUUUUUAUAGGAUGUUCAAGAAAGCCAUCAAUGUGUUCAAAAGAUUGGAGAGCUACAGCCGGUCCCCUCGAUUCUCCCACAUCCUCGCUUCUCUGCGUGGUCUGAGCUCCAUCCAUGUUUAUGGAAAAACCAAAGACUUCAUCGAUGAAUUUGAAAGGCUGACCGAUAUACAGAGUAACUACCUGCUGGUGUUUCUGUCUUCUGUGCGAUGGCUGUCAUUGAGGCUUGAGCUCAUGACCAACCUGGUGACCUUGGCUGUAGCCCUGUUUGUGGCUUUUGGAAUUUCCUCUACCCCCUAUUCCUUUAAAGCCAUGGCUAUCAGCUUUGUCCUGCAGCUGGCAUCCAACUUCCAGGCUGCUGCCCGGGCUGGUUUGGAGACGGAGGCGCGCUUCACGGCUGCGGAGGGGAUGCUGAAGUACAUGAAGAUGUGUGUCCCCGAAGCUCCUUUACGUAUAGAAGGUGUGAGCUGUCCUCACGGGUGGCCACAGCAUGGGGAAAUCACGUUCCGGGAUUAUCAGAUGAAGUACCGAGACAACACCCCUAUCGUCCUCAAAGGCAUCAACCUGACUAUUCCGAGCCGGGAAAUGGUGGGCAUUGUGGGAAGGACAGGCUCGGGGAAGUCCUCUCUGGGGGUGGCUCUCUUCCGACUAGUGGAGCCUGCGGCGGGUCAGAUUCUGAUUGACGGUGUGGACAUCUGCAGCAUCAGCCUGGAAGACCUGCGGUCCAAACUCUCUGUCAUCCCUCAAGAUCCUGUCCUGCUCUCUGGAACCAUCAGAUUCAACCUGGAUCCCUUUGACUGCCACACAGACCAGCAGAUCUGGGAUGCCUUGGAGAGGACAUUCCUGACCAAGACAAUCUCAAAGCUUCCGAAAAAACUGCAAGCAGAAGUGGUGGAAAAUGGUGAAAACUUCUCUGUAGGGGAGAGGCAGCUGCUCUGCAUUGCUCGAGCCCUGCUUCACAACUCCAAGAUCGUCCUUAUUGAUGAAGCCACGGCCUCCAUUGAUCUGGAGACUGAUACCCUGAUCCAGCGCACCAUCCGUGAAGCCUUCCGGGGCUGCACAGUGCUGCUCAUUGCGCACCGCAUCACCACCGUCCUGAACUGUGACCGCAUCCUUGUUAUGGGCAAUGGGAAGGUGAUGGAGUAUGACAGGCCCGAGGUCCUGCAGAAGCAGCCCGGGUCGAUGUUUGCAGCCCUGCUGGCCACAGCCAGGUCUUCACCAAGCUAAGGAGAAAUGGAGAUGCACGGAGGCUGGAGGGGCUUGGCUCAGAGGUCCACCAAGGUGCAACUUGCAGUCUAUGACCUCCCUGCAAGAGACAGAAUGCAUGAGGGGUGCUGGCGAUGGGAUGGAAAAGGAGACUGAGGGAGCAGAACCUGCCAUAAGCCACUCUGUGAUCCCCCAAACUUGGUGCCCUGGGGUCAAAUGAUCAUGUGUCUCUUUUAACUUAUAUGUUGAAUAAUUUCAUAGUAAGCUAAAAGCUUUUAGUUUUCUGAUUUGUCGUCAAAGUAAUGCAAAUGAUGGGUUGAUUUUGUAAAAAAUAAAACUUAAGAAGAAAAAGUCA